GCCUAAUUUUAAUCAAAAUAAUCUUACACAAGAUGAAAAAGAUAAAGCAGAUAUUAAAGUUAUUGUUUGUCAUGAUUAUGCUGGUGGAUAUAAAGAGAAUCAUUUUGAUCUUGGAUAUAGUAUUCAAUAUUGGCAAUAUAUUGAUAUUUUUAUUUAUUUUUCUCAUCAAAGAAUUGCAAUUCCUCCAUCACAAUGGACCAAUGCAGCUCAUAGAAAUGGAGUAAAAGUACUUGGAACAUUUUUAACAGAACAUGAAAAUGACCUAUUUGAAAAUGAUUUAUUAGUAUGUGGACCAAAUAGUAAUAAUUAUAGUGGUGGUGGUAAUGGCAGUGGCAAUGAUGAUAGUAAUAGUAGAGGAAUUGUUAGUACAUAUUUUGCUGAUAAAAUGGUAAAGAUGGCAGAAUAUUAUAAUUUUGAUGGAUGGUUUAUCAAUAUUGAAACAGAAUUAAUUGGUAAAAGUUUACAUGCAAAACAAAUUGAAACAUUUGUAAAAUAUUUAACUGAAAAAAUGCAUCAACGUAAGCCAGGAUCAAUUGUAAUUUGGUAUGAUUCUGUAAUAAAAGAUGGAAGAAUAAAAUUUCAAAAUUGUUUAAAUGAAUUAAAUUAUCCAUUUUUUAAUGCGGCUGAUGGAAUUUUUAUUAAUUAUUUUUGGGAAGAGAAUUAUCCAAAAUUAUCAGCUGAUAAAGCAGAACUUAGAAAAAGAGAUGUUUACACUGGUAUUGAUGUAUGGGGUAGAAGUACUUUUGGUGGUGGAGGAUUUACAACUUACAAGGCGUUAGAAGUAAUUAAAUCAUCAAAAACUUCUUGUGCGAUAUUUGCACCUGGUUGGACUUAUGAAAAUUUUGGUAAAGAUAACUUUUGGAGAAAUGAUCAAAGAUUUUGGAUUGAAUGGCUUCAUCUAAGUCAUCAAUCAAUACUUCCAUUGCCAACUAAAUCAAUAAUUAAUUUAUUUGAUGUUAAUCAUAAUACUUUAUUUUGGAAUCUAUCUUUUGAAAAAUCAUUUUCAGGAGGUAUUAUUCCACUUUAUGAUUUAAAUUUGAAAAUUUUAGGCUUAACAAAAAUCAAAGUUACUUAUUCAAUAGAACAACCAAAUACAAAUAUUGGAUUAUAUUCAUUCAAGACAGUUUAUAAUUGGUGGACAACUGAAUUAAUUAUUGAUCCCAAACAAUUAUCCAAUAACAAUAAAGUUGAUUAUUAUGUACAAGAAUUAGGGGUUACAUUUAUGAAUAAUAAUAUUAGUGGUAGCAGAGAAGACGACAAAGAUAUGGUCGUUGCUUAUAUUGGUGAAUUAUCAGCAAUAAAUGUAAUAAGUAACUCUAUAAUGAAUACAUAUAAACAAGAGAUUCAAAAUAUUUAUAUUCUAGAAAAAUCUUUAAUUAUAGAAAAAUUAGAAUCCAAAAAUAUUUUACUAGUAAGUUGUUUAAUUAAAUGGGAGUUAGGAAUUCAAACACAAAACGAUUACACAAUCAAUAGUGGCAAUAACAAUAAUAAUUAUGAUAAAAAGUUAUUAGAUUCUUUUGAUUAUUUUUAUGUUUAUGCAAGUUCACAGCCCUCAAUCGAUUCAACAUCACCAUCAAAUGAUGACUUGGUAUUUUUAGGUGUAGCUGAUACAAAUAAAUUUAUUGUUUCAGGUUAUCAAUUAUCUUUGAAUGAAAUUAUCAUGAAAAAAAAUUUUAUUCUAAACUUUCAUGUUAAAGGUAUUAACAAUUAUUAUGGCGAGGAAGAGGAGGAAGAUAAUAAAAUAUUUAAUAAAUGGAAAUGUUGGUAUUAUAAUGACAAUGAAGCAAAAAAAUACACUUCAAAUUCAAGGAUUCAAACUAUUCAAGCAGAUAUGACAUAUAGAGCUCUUGAACUUUUAAAUAUUCCAGAGGGAAAAUCAUGCUUUUUAUUAGAUAUUGGAUGUGGAUCAGGAUUAAGUGGAGAGAUAUUGGAAGAAGAAGGUCAUAUAUGGGUUGGAAUGGACAUUUCACCAUCAAUGUUAAAUGUUGCAAUAGAUCGUGAAGUUGAAGGUGAUUUAUUUUUACAAGAUGUUGGUGAGGGAAUGGGAUUUCGUCCAGGAACUUUUGAUGGGGCAAUAAGUAUAUCAGUUCUUCAAUGGCUCUGUAAUGCGGAUUACAAAUCACAUAAUCCAAGGUCACGUUUAAAUCGAUUUUUCACAACCUUAUAUUCAUCAUUACAUCGUGGAGCUCGAGCAGUAUUUCAAUUUUACCCAGAGAAUGAUGAUCAAUGUGAAUUGAUUAUGAAUAUUGCAAUGAGGUGUGGUUUCGAGGGUGGAUUAGUGGUUGAUUAUCCUAAUAGUAAAAAAGCAAAAAAAUACUUUUUAUGUUUAAGUGCUGGACAAUCAUCACUUGAUUCUGAAAAACAACAAUUACCGAAAGCUUUAGGCGAAGAAGUUUAUGAUGAUGAUGAUGAACAAAAAAUCAAAAGUGUUGCUUAUUCUAGUCAAAGGAUUCAAAAUCAUCAAAAAGGAAAGAAACGCAAAUCAAUUAAAGAUAGAGACUGGGUUUUACAUAAAAAGGAAAUUGCACGUAUGCGAGGGCAAAAACAAAUACCAAUUGACACUAAAUAUACAGGAAGGAAAAGAAAUCCAAAAUUUUGA